GGAGAAGGUAUAAAAGAUCGGUGAAGAAUCCAGCUACGAACUGGUCCGUUUGUUACAACUUGGGGAAGCUCAUGGGAGACGGUGCGGCCACAUUACCAUAACGAUGUUUAUAUAAUAGCCUCAGAUAUGAGGUUUACAUCUAAUUAUUGUAUAAGAUGAAUAAGUGAGUAUGAUACUGUUUGUAAAAUUGUGUAAUGUGAUUUUGGAAUGUUUAAUGAAGGAAACUCCAAUUCCCUUUUGAGUUGAACUAAAUCAGAGGACCGCCCAUGAGCCCAGUUAGGGUCAGGCAUCCUGGGACAGCCCCUUUUCUGAAAUUCCGAAUAAAACCCCAAUCUUGAGAAUUCCUCAAGUAGACCAUGUUUCUCUCAAUCACGGGAGGACAAAGGUUGCAGACCAUUGCUGAAUCUUUUAACCAUGUGGUUAAACUCUUAGACUAUCGAUACCGACAGAAUAAGAACAAGUCUUUGAUAUUAAUUACUAGUCUGCAGCUAGGAAUUCGGUAUCAAUCAACACAAAGAACAACCGCUGAAACAUCCCUUCUAUUCUUUUUUUUUAACUAGGCAAGUCAGUUAAGAACAAAUUCUUAUUUUCAAUGACGGCCUAGGAACAGUGGGUUAACUGCCUGUUCAGGGGAAGAACGACAGAUUUGUACCUUGUCAGCUCGGGGAUUUGAACUUGCAACCUUCCGGUUACUAGUCCAACACUCUAAACACUAGGCUACCCUGCCACCCCCAUAAUGAAUGAAUGAAUGAAUGUCACUCUGAACAACAACUAUCUACUGUUUGUUUAUGCAUUUCUGUGAAUUACUAGUAAUAAAUAAAUGAUUUAAGACAAUUGAUGUAUGGAUGACUCAUAGUGAAGACUGGGUUCGUGCAGAUAACCAACAAUUUACUAUGUUUGGAAUGAGACUAACGUGAGGUAAAGUAAAUAAUGAAUUAAUCAGAAGAUUAUUGAUCAGAUAUGAAAAUAUCGGAAAGGUUAUAUUGGGAAAUUAUAAUUUUGUAAUCUGAAUAUUUUCCUUGGUGCCGCGACUUCCUAGUUAAUUACAGUUACAUGAUUAAUCAGUUUGAUCGUGUAAUACUAAUUACAGAAAAUCUUUGAUAAAAUCUAAGUCUUCAAUUUAAUGAUAGUAAAGACACGACACCACUGUAUUCUUGGGGACCUUCAAUAAUACAGACAUAUAUUUUUUGGUUGUGCCUCGACACAAUCCUGUCUCAGAGCUCUACGGACAAUUUCUUCGACCUCAUGGCUUGUUUUUUUUCUGACAGGAUGUUUCCAAUGUCCAAUGAAGUUGUAGAAACAUCUCAAGGAUGAUCAAUGAAAACAGGGUGCACCUGAGCUCAAUUUUGAGUCUCAUAGCAAAGGGUCUGAAUACUUACGUAAAUAAGUGCCUUCUCACUCUAAGGAUCCCGAUGGCUACCUGAGGCCAGUGAUGUUGGCCAUGCAGCACUACAACUCCUCAGGCCUGGCUGCCCCCAAUCUCCUCCCCAACCAGACCUGGGGGGUGGAGGGUGUGCCGGCCAUGGCCUGGAGGGCAAACAUCACCACAGAGAGGCCCAUGUCUCCCCCCAGUAACCCCACUGCAGCUGGCCUCUCCAUGACCCUGGGCAUCCUGUCCAACAUUGUAGCCCUGGUCAUCCUGGCGAAAGCCUAUGCCCGCCUGCGCCGCCGCUCCAAGGCCACCUUCCUGCUCUUUGCCAGUUCCCUGGUGGCCACAGACUUUGCCGGCCACGUCAUCCCCGGUGCACUGGUGUUGAGGCUGUACUCAGCUGGGGCUGCGACUGGGCCCUUAGGUCUCGCUGCCACCGAUGCCCCCUGCCAGUUCCUAGGGGGUAGCAUGGUGUUCUUCGGCUUGUGCCCAUUGUUCCUGGGCUGUGCCAUGGCUGCUGAGCGCUGCCUGGGUGUCACACAGCCCCUGCUCCAUGCCUCACUGGUCACCACGGCUCGCACCAAGAUGGCACUAGCUCUCAUCUGGCUGCUGGCUCUGUGUGUGGCCUUCCUGCCCUUCUUCAGGCUGGGGGCCUACACCUACCAGUACCCCGGGACCUGGUGCUUCAUCAGUGUCCUGGGAGAGACUCAGGAGACGGACGUGGCCUUUGUCAUGCUGUUCUCUGGACUGGGCCUGGCCUCUCUGACUGUGGCCCUGGUGUGUAAUACCAUCAGUGGGGUCACGCUGGUGCUUGCCAGACUGCGUAAGAAGUGUAAGACCUGCUACCAUCGCUCAGCCAAGUCCCAUGACAUUGAGAUGGUGGCCCAGCUGGUGGGCAUUAUGAUCACUUCUUGCAUCUGCUGGAGCCCCCUGCUGAUCUUUGGCCUGAUGUCAGUCACAUGGUCCUAUAGCGGUUCCAUAAGCAAUGACCAGGACACAUACAGGAGGUUGAUGGUGAUGGGUGUCCGGCUGGCCUCCUGGAACCAGAUCCUGGACCCCUGGGUCUACAUUUUGCUGCGCCGGGCCGUGCUGAGGAAGAUCUAUCGCAUCACCAAGAGCCGGGCCAGCUUCAAGAACAGCACCUUCCGCCAUUGGGACAUCAGCUCCUUCCAGAACUCUGAGAAAAUAAACACUGUCAACAGGAUCUGAGGGAGAAGAAAACACACAGACAGAAAGAGACAAACAUCUUAUCAUGGUCCUUUGUUGUUCUUUGGGCUUUAUUUGCCACCCAACUCAACAUGCUGGAUUGAGGAGAAGACUGAACAUCCAGCAGUAGGAUCUAACAGCAGUGUUGGUGUUUCACACAAAAGGAAAUACCUAUUGCCUAUAAGACCUAUAUUCCUUUAUUGAGAACUGUGUGGGUCUGCCUGACUGUGAAAGUCUAUGGGGUUUGGGAUUGAAAUCAUCAUCCUCCAGAUCUUGGAUCUCUUUCAGAUUGAUUUGAUUGGCCAGUAAGACCUGCUUUGACUGUUGUGUGGAGAAGUCUCAUCAUUUUAUGGGAAACAGCCAAGCCAGACUAUACUCAAACAAAUGAAAUGUCAUAAAUGGAUUUAUAACAAAACAUUCUGACCAAGUAAGGACAGUAUGCCUCACCUGGAUACUGGAGACAUAGCACAGAUAAAUCUGCCCAAGGAGAAGGGUUUGUUGUAAAAGUGUCUGGUAGGUAAUGCAACAUGAGUCUUUCUCUGUGUACAUAAAUGUACAUGAAAUGAAGCUGCCUAUAAGAUAUCAACAACAAACAUCUCAAAUUAUAUAUACGUGUUUGUGUGUGUUACUGUCAGUGUUUUUUGGAGUUCAUGCUUUGUUUGUUUGUGGAAAUGUCAAAGUGCACUUUGACACAUCAUGAAGUCAGUGGCACUAUGCCAAAGCAAAGUAAAGGCUGUGAUUUUACCUGUGCUUGAAGAUGUGAAAGACAUACAGUAUGUGUCAAACUUGUAAUGCUAUUGACGUGUGAAUUGUGUGUGUGUGUGUGUAUUUAUUGCUUAUAUUGUUUCCCCAAUUGUCUGGGGACCUAAAUGAAGCUAAGUGUUGCAAAAGCUAUAGAAUUUAAUGUUGUCUAAUAAAGUUUAAGUUGCCGGUUAUCCUUUUUUACUGAAAAACAUAUAUGAUUUUAUUUUUCUUUAAAAUAACAUGUAUCCCAGCCCCCGUCCCCGCAGGAGGUAUUUUGCCUUUCCAUAGGCCGUCAUUGUAAAUAAUAAUUUGUUCUUAA